CUGCCACCGCCCACCUCAGACUUCCUCCUUCACUUGGACGCAACACCACAUCCCACUGGUCCUUGGACUCUGGUGUCCAGCAGUGUUGCCUGCGUCAUGGGGGUCCUUGGACCUUCCACCAGGCUCCUGUUCCUGCCUCUCCUUCUGACUGUGGGUGGUUUCAGCUCUGUCCAGGCACAGGACGGAUGCAACUGCUCUGUGGUGAGUCCCGGGGUGCUGGCGGGGAUCGUGCUGGGGGACCUGGUGCUGACCCUCCUCAUUGCCUUGGCUGUGUACUCCUUGGGCCGGCUCUUCCCUCGGGGGCGAGGGACUGUGGAAACAGUGACCAGGAAACAGCGCAUCACCGAGACAGAGUCGCCUUAUCAGGAGCUCCAAGGUCAGAGGUCAGAUGUCUAUAGUGACCUCAACACACAGAGGCCAUAUUACAAAUGAGCCCACAUUGCAGCAGUCAACAACCUGAUGCCUGGAUCCAGUCAUUCCUGAUGCCUCCCCAGCACCCUAUUCCUACUCCCACCAAGAUACAGAUCCUCAGAGUGCCCUGCCUGAGGGGUCAGACUUCUUUCCACUACUGCCCCCAAAUAAACAUGGCACACAAAAA